AUGAAAGCAAGCAAUAUGGCAGCGAGAAUUUAUUCACCAAAGAGUCUCUGUGUAAUUACAAUUAUUUUAAUUUAUUGUUUGCGAAGUAGUUUUUGUAGCCAGAAAGCGACAACAUUUUGCACAUCCGGUGACUGUUGGAAUCGUGAUAAUGACAAUGAAAAAACCUUAUCACGAAAGAAACGCAGCUUAACAUUCCCUGAGGGUAGUUCAUUGCAACUUGGAUGUCUUCUUCCCUUUCAUUCCUGUGUUAAGUGA